GCAGCAAAACUGAAAAUGCCGAAGAGUUACAAUGUUUUUCAAAUGCUGAUUGCAGCACUUUGCUGCUUUUAUCAUCGUAAGUCUAUUAUCAGAGUCAAGUUUUCUAGGGAGCGGCAAAUUAUGGACAACAGCCCAGAAAAAUUGAAGAAGGAGUUAGAGGAAGAACUGCAGCUAAAUAGUGAAGACUUGCGUAGCCAUGCCUGGUACCAUGGACGUAUUCCUCGGCAGGUGGCAGAAGGCCUAGUUCAGCGAGAUGGAGAUUUUCUGAUCAGAGAUUCUCUCUCCAGUCCUGGGAACUUUGUUCUUACCUGUCAGUGGAAAAAUACCUCUCAGCAUUUUAAAAUCAACAGAACAGUUCUAAAACUCAAUGAAGCCUACUGCCGUGUUCAGUAUCAGUUUGAACUGGAAAGUUUUGACAGCAUUCCUGGUUUAGUGAGAUACUACGUUGGGAAUCGCGCACCGAUAUCAAAGCAGAGUGGAGCAAUUAUUUUUCAGCCUAUCAACAGGACUGUGCCUCUCAGGUGUCUAGAAGAAAAGUAUGGUGUAACUCCAGUCCGACAAAAAGAGCCAAAUAUCCUUGAAGGAAAAUCAGAAGCUGCAAAAAGGCUGAGUCUUGGUACAUCAAGCAUGCAGUUCCCGGAGCAGAGCAUAACCAGAGGAAAACUUCUGAGAAACAAAGAAAAAAGUGGUAGCCAGCCAGCUAGUUUGGAUCAUGUUCUGGAGAAAAGAUUCCCUUUGAAGGCUCACCAGUCGGAGAGCUAUCUGUUAAUAGGUUUAGGACACCCAUCUCGAUUACCUGAAGCAGAGACAGACUCCUGUCCAAGCUCUCCUGCAUUUCGAACAGGCAGUGAACCGUCUCUAAGCCCCACAGCUGUUCAGAGAGUCACAUCAGAGUCACAAGUAGGGGAAGCUCUAAGAGGAUCAGACAGUCAGCUCUGUCCAAAGCCUCCACCUAAACCCAGCAAAGCUCUCCUGAUGAAACCCCCAGAUUCUUCUUUGGCUUCAUACAGUGCAGAAAGUCGCUAUUGUGAACUGAGCCCUACCAGAGAUUCUGCAUCAACAAAACAGCAUUUAUGUCAGAAAAAUAGCUAUGUGGAACAUCUGACACGAAAGGAGGGAGGAAAGCACUCAUUCAGGAACUCUGAAACAAACUAUUUGAUCCUGGAAGAUGACCUUACAGUGAACUCUGCAGAUCCUUUAGAAGCUUCAGCUGAGAUGGUUGAAGAUGACAGCUUCUUUUCUGCACCAGUUUUUGAGACAGUGUCUAGUUUUAAACCAAAUGAUUUUGAAUCCAAACUACUUCCUCCUGAAAACAAGCCAUUGGAAACAUCAAUGUUAAGAAGAGUCAAGGAGCUUUUCAACAACAACCAUCCAAAGAUUAUUGCACAGCAUAUUCUCAGAAUGGACUGCAAGGUGGCAAGGAUACUAGAAGUCUCUGAGGAGAUGAGGAGGAUUAUGGGAGUGAACUCUGGUCUCGAACUGAUUACCUUGCCUUAUGGACAUCAACUGCGCCUUGACCUAAUUGAAAGGCACAAUACCAUGGCAAUAGGAAUAGCUGUGGAUAUCUUGGGUUGCACAGGAAAUCUACAAGACAGAGCAGCAACAUUAAACAGGAUCAUCCAAGUCGCAGUGGAGCUGAAGGACUCACUAGGGGAUUUGUAUGCAUUUUCUGCCAUAAUGAAAGCACUGGAAAUGCCACAGGUCACUAGGCUGGAACAAACCUGGACCUCUCUAAGACAUCAUUAUACCCAGACUGCCAUUAUGUAUGAAAAACAGCUGAAGCCAUUUAGGAAAGCAUUGCAUGAAGGACAAGAUGAGUGGAAUAAGACUCCACAGAACAAUGUAACAGUGCCACUGCUAAUGCCUCUCAUUACCUUGAUGGAGAGACAAGCUGUUGUUUUUGAAGGCAUGGACCUGUGGGAAAGCAGUGACCAAAGCUGUGAAAUAAUGCUCAGGCACUUGGCUACAGCUCGUCAGAUAGCACAGAAUGCAGAAAUGUACAGCUUGACUGCAGAACGGGUGCUGGAAGGUUUCCAACCAGAUGAAGAGAUGAGCGAAAUCUUCAAGACAGAAUUUCAAAUGAGAUUGCUCUGGGGCAGCAAAGGAGCACAAGUUAAUCAAAAUGAAAGAUACGAGAAAUUCAGCCAGAUUUUAACUGCACUUUCACGAAAACUGGAACCUCCUGCACUGAAGCUGGUGGAACAAUUAAGUAUAUGAGAGUCUGUAAACACUAUUUAAAUUAUAUACUUGAAAUAACCUUAACUGGUUUUUGGCAACUUGAUACUGCACAAACUUCUUGCAUUUCACAGGAAGUUUAGAACUUUUAACUGCACACUUGUUUUAAAACUACUGAUUUCUAAACAAAUUAUUUAUUUGUUUUAUCACCAAGUCAUUUAAUGAUCCCUGUAAGUAGUUAGGUUCUCUCUGCAAGAUAGUCUUACAGCUUUUUGCAUUUUGCCUGAGUUGUGAUGCUUUAUAGUGCCUAGGAGUAAGGGCACUGGCAUCUUAAUAUUAAAUUGAAGCAAACAGUGUAAAUAAAAUGAUAGAUAUUAAGUAUGUGACAUUGCAGACAAUUUGUUGUAUAGUAUUCCUUUAAUGAAUAUUCAACUACUGUACAUAGAAAUGUGAAUUAAAGUAUAUCUUUAUCACAGAAAUUAUCAGAAAGGCUCAAAUAUCACUGCACCUGUGAAAGUAGAAAAUUAGUUGUGUAUGUGUUGGAACAAUUUCUUCUGGUGUGUUUUUGUUGUUUGUUUUUUUUGUAAGACAGCAUCUGUUAGUACUUUGGCUUUUGCUGGAGCCUGCACAACAGCAACGCUGCCACGAAUUAACGAUGAACUGGCAAGAACAAACAAUCCAGAUAAUUAAAAUGCUUUCAGAUAUGAGUAAAUGUGGGUGUAUGUAUAUAUUAAACCUGCUUCAUUUACUGAGGUGAAUCACUUUGGUAAGUAGUUUGGUUUUGUUUUCUUUCUGGGAUGAAGGCAAAGCACAAGCUGUUAGCACUUUUCAUAGGGAAUCAGGGUGAAGGACAUUUAAUAGAGUGCUUUUGCAGCAACUUGCAUUGUCACAUAGAGAACUGGUAUAUAAGCCCUCAGAAGCUGUAUCAGUUUGUUAUCAAAAAUAUGGUUAAAGUUGCAUGUGCUUGUUGUCAGUAAACCUGUUUCUGGAAUGAAAUAUUAUUUACAGCAUUUGCAAGUAUUUGAAUAUGCUAACAAAAUCAGCACCACCACAACAUGAGGUUACAGACCUUAUGCUGAAAGCAUCCCUGUCAAUCUUAACAGAAGACAAACAGGGAAGCUAAUUACUUAGACCAGGAAAAGUUUUUUUUUUAUUCCAUGAAAAUAUUCUCAACAGAGAACACUAUUUUUAAACAAAGCAUUUAACAUUUAGGAAAUCAACAUGUGCACAAGAAAGGAUUAAAAAUUACUGGAAAAGGUAAAAUUUUUUAAGACAACUCACGUUCAGAAUUUUAGAAUAAGUGAUUUAUAACUAGCUGUGCAAGUACAAAUGUUUUUUUUUGCUAUGUUUAAUAUCCCUCAUACAAGUUGCACUAUCCCUCAUGAAAACAACCUGCCUCCAAAGGAAGCAAAUCCUGGUUUUAGAAAAACAAACAGUAGCAUGAAAAGAACAUUUAGUCCUUUACCAGGAAGUGUUAUUACUGACCUGCAAGGCUGUUAGCCAGGCAAACCACAGACCCUUUAGCAGAAAAUACACAAAUCACAUUUCCUUUUCUCUAACUUGAAAAUUAAAAAAAAAGCACUAGAUUUAAAAAGGAAAAAAAAUCAAACCGAAACCAACAAACACCCCAGAACCCCCAAACCCAAAAAACUACCUAAGUAGUUUUGUCAGUAUUGAGUAAUGUCACAUUAUUAUAUAAAUAACCCUGUAUACAAGCUCCAAAAAUCUAAACUUCAGUUUAAUAGCCCCCAUAAUACACUAGGUCAAGCUGUGUAAUAGUGGUAUACAUAACAAAAGGAAUAAACCUCUACACAAAUCACUCAGAUUCAGUUUUACUGGUAGUACAGUUCCUAAUAACACUGAAAUUAAAAAGAAUCCAGCACUGCUGCAUCCAGUAUUGCUUCAGACUCCAGAAAAACAGGAUGUUUCAAUUAUGUCAUUUCCCCAAACAGCAGGUGGCUGGGUUGACAAGCUUGCUUUGAUACAAGUAUCCCUUCCCCCAAGAUCUCUAGUCUAAUUCCUACCACCCUAACAAAUCAGGUAUGAUCUAUUAAUAGGACCACAAAUGGAAGGCAAGACAACAAAGCAAUAGGGGCACUGCAGACAACUAUAUUUACACAUAUAAACAUAUCCAAAUUUCAAUUGUUUACAAGUAAAAGUGCACAUAGAUCAUUAUGAAGUAUCACUCAAAUUUCAACUGGUCCAUACAAUGAAGCAUCACCUGGAAAUGGACUAGCACUGCAGUUAAUUAGAAUUGGAACUUCAUAGUGAAAAACUAAAAGACAGUUUCCAUAAAAAUCUUCUAAAAAAAUAUUAAAGUCAAAUGAAGAGAUAGACAUUUCAAUGUAUAAAAUUCAUGAUGCACCAUGUAUCCAGUAGAGCUCUAGAAAACACCUACCGUGGCUACCUCAGCAGCUGCAGCACUGUGGAAAGAGCUGAGACACAAAGCCCUUUAUGGCAUACUGUCAGUGGUAGUGUUGGCAAACAACAGAUUUAGGCACUGUAGUUUAAGGCAGCAUUUGAAUGGCAAGUGGUUGACUUCUUGGAAAACAGUCAUUAGCUUGCAGUGGUGAAUCUCUCUGGUGGUGUUCCAGGUUUUCAGUGCUCAUAACAGGUUACUGAAGAUGGACCAUACUUCUAGGAGUUUCUCUUGCUUGCAUUGUAGGCUAGAGCUGAGAUGUGUCAUUUCCCCAAAUCAACAAAUACAUUGUGGUCUCUUAUCAGUUACGCCAAAAACUGGAAUGUAAUGAUGGUUGCAGUGGUAUAGUUUUAUAGCAGCAUACAUGGAUACUGGGAUGAAACUCUAGCACUGAAGAUAUUUAGAGAAAAUUAUUUGUUACAAAUUAAGACAAGCAAUGAUGGCAAAGUGUUACACUAACAUGCCUGACUAUCCCUAGGCAUGCAGGAGGAGGUUAAUGAUGAGCAUGGAGGUGGCACAGGCAGACUGGUAACUGACAUAUCUAAAUGAUUGCCAAUUAAAAUGGGUUGGCAAAGAGCAUGUAAUUGAGAUAACCAAAUAGCACAAGCUAAAGUAUAAGCUAAAGAAUAGUUUGCGCCUUGGGAAAACCUAGGACAAUGAAAAGAAAGCAAUUUUAGGAGCAGUAGCCUUUUUACUCUGGUAAUGGAACUCUUUUUCUGCACAAAUGAAAGAAUUUGUAAUACAUCCUUACCUAUAUGUAUGGAGAUGCUAAGAUGUUAGUGACUAAAUGUAUGUCUGCAUGCAUUCAUGCAACUAGCUUUUCCCCUCGGGCUUCCCAGUCUAGUACCCCACCCCCCACA